CUGCUUGGCGCGUCUUCAUUCCCUCAUUCGCCUGAGCAGCGCAGCGUGUGCCAGGGCAGAGAGCGGAGUUGACGCGCCGCUCCUGGUAUGCUGUGACAUCACUCUCUCUCCGCUAGUAGGCUCGAAGAAGCUCACACUCUCGUCCACAUGCAGUGACUCGCUAGGGUGCUGGUGUAGUUUUUUUUCUCUAGAUUUUCGCUGCCAAAAAGGGGUUGGACAAAAUAUUACCACGAUGAACAACAGCUUCCUAAACAUGGCGUCGAUAGGAGACUUCGACCCGCUGAACGCUUCUAUUCCUGCCACGAAAGUUGAAAUCACUGUGUCUUGCAGAAACCUGCUUGACAGAGAUACUUUCUCCAAAUCGGAUCCAAUAUGUGUUCUCUACACACAAGGAAUCGGCAACAAGGAGUGGAGAGAGUUUGGCAGGACGGAGGUCAUCGAUAACACCCUGAACCCCGAUUUUGUGCGCAAAUUCAUCUUGGACUACUUCUUCGAGGAGAGACAAAACCUAAGAUUUGACUUGUAUGAUGUCGACUCCAAAAGCACCAACCUGUCGAAACAUGAUUUCCUGGGUCAGGCCCAUUGUACUCUUGGUGAAGUGGUGGGUUCACUGGGUGGCCGCUUGGAGAAACCCCUUGGCUGGAAUAGCAAACACGUGUGCAGGUUUUACUUCCCGCAUGGCAUUCCCUACAAGAAGUGUGGAACCAUCAUCGUCAAAGCAGAGGAGCUGGGAAACUGCAGGGAGUCGGUUAUGAUGCAGUUCUGUGGGAACAAACUGGACAAGAAGGACUUCUUCGGCAAAUCAGACCCAUUCUUGGUGUUCUACCGGAGCAAUGAGGACGCAACGUUCACCAUCUGCCACAAGACUGAAGUGGUGAAGAACACACUAAACCCAGUGUGGCAGGCCUUCAAGAUCCCCGCCAGAGCGCUCUGCAACGGAGACUACGACAGAACAAUCAAGGUUGAAGUGUAUGACUGGGAUCGGGAUGGCAGCGUCUUCGCAGAUUCCAAGGACACUAUACAGCGUUUUAAAAAACGGGGAUCGGCAAACACAGACAGGUUUCAGGAACAAAUCAGAUCCAACCAUGAUUUUAUCGGAGAGUUUAGCACAAGCUACAGGGAGCUGUCCCGUGGCCAAUCACAGUUCAACGUCUACGAGGUGAUAAAUCAGAAGAAGAAAAACAAAAAGAAAAAAUACCUGAACUCAGGAACGGUAACACUGCUGUCCUUCCUGGUAGACAUUGAAGUGACCUUCCUGGACUUCAUCAAGGGCGGGACUCAGAUUAAUUUCACCGUUGCCAUCGAUUUCACUGCCUCCAAUGGCAACCCGGCACAGCCCACCUCUCUCCACUACAUGAACCCGUACCAGCUGAACGCCUACGCCAUGGCUCUGAGGGCCGUGGGCGAGAUCAUCCAAGACUACGACAGCGAUAAGAUGUUCCCUGCGCUGGGCUUCGGAGCCAAGCUGCCCCCUGACGGGAGGGUGUCCCAUGAGUUUGCACUGAAUGGAAACCCUCAGAACCCCUACUGCCAUGGCAUAGAUGGUGUGAUGGAGGCGUACUACCAAAGCCUGAAGUCUGUGCAGCUGUACGGACCAACAAACUUCUCACCUGUCAUCAACCAUGUGGCCAGGUACGCUGCGUCGGUAAAGGACGGCUCGCAGUACUUCGUCCUCCUCAUCAUCACGGACGGGGUGAUCUCGGACAUGGCCCAGACCAAGGAGUCCAUCGUCAAUGCCUCAUGUCUCCCCAUGUCCAUCAUCAUAGUGGGAGUGGGACCAGCGGAGUUUGAUGCCAUGGUUGAGCUGGAUGGAGACGAGGUGCGGAUCUCAUCACGAGGUCGCUUCGCUGAGAGAGACAUCGUACAGUUUGUGCCGUUCCGCGACUACAUCGACAGAACGGGGAACCACAUCCUGAGCAUGGCCCGGCUGGCCAAGGACGUUCUGGCAGAGAUCCCGGACCAGUUCCUGUCCUACAUGAGAACCCGCGGGAUCAAGCCCUCACCCGCCCCACCUCCCUACACGCCCCCGGGCCACGCCCUUCAGACGCAGAUCUGACAGGGAGGGGGCCCCCCCCCCAACCCACCCACUCUCUCCCCUUCUCUCUCUCUAUCUCCCUUCAAUCUUCUCUGCGUCACUCAGUGAUAGUGGGAGGGUAAGAGUGGGGGUGCACAACCCCCCUCGUCCAUCUCUCUCUCUUUCUGUCGUUGCACUAUGGAGAUGGGACAGACUGAACUGGGCUGAAUUGGGCUGAGCUGGGCUGAACUGGGCUGCGGUUCUGGAGUGGAAUGGUUCAGGUGGAACCAUUGGAGGCGGAGUUUACUUCCACACAUACAGAGCUCUCAUCUCAGUGGAGCACUGACCAAUCACCAGGCGUUACCCUCUUCAACGACAUUCUGGGGAGAAAGACAAACAACUGCAACUUCUCUUCCCAGGAGUCUAGAGAGUGAAGAAUGGACAGUUGUUGACUGUUGAAUGAUUGAAUGGAUGUAAGGAUGGGGGGGUUGGUGGAUAGAUGGAUGGACAGAUGGAUUGAUGGGUAGAUGGAUGUGGAUGAAAGGAUAUAUUGAUGAGUGCAUGGAUGCAUUGUAUUGAUUAUGUAUGUAAUUGAUUGAUUGUGGAUGAGUUGACGAAUGCAUGCCCUGAUUGGCAAGCUUUUAGAGAUAAGACUGAUGGAUUUUUAACACAGAAACAAACAAAAACAAACAAAAACAAGCAAAGAAAAACAAACAAAUACAAGCAAACUGGCCUUUCUGUGAGAUCAGUCUCUGAGGAGAGGGGACUAGACAUCCGCAGACACAAACUCAUUUGACUGUUGUACAGAACUGGAAAAAGACUUGCGCUCGAACUCACUAACUAACUACCCUCUUUUUACUCUUUUCUCUCUCUCUCUCUCUUUCUCUCUCUCUCUCUCUCUCUCCUCUCACUCAAUGUUUACAUGUGACUGAUUUUUACCGUUGUAUACUUUUAUAAGCAUUCUUUAACUAACUCCUCUUUAACUACUAACUUUGGAAUAUUGGAAUCCUCCUGGCACAGUGUUUUUGUUCAUUGUGUUUUUGUUUAUGUUUAUUUUUGCCACAGGUGUUUUGUGGUGGCUAGUAGCAUCCCCUCCGUUGCAUGCAGAGGGCAGAAGUUCAGAGUUAAUUCAAAGGUCGAAGGUCAACCAGGGGGACUCAGCAUCAUGUCACAAUUUGUUGGCAGUUCUCGUUCUCUACCCCACGCUGCGAUCUCCUUCUUCCUUUCUUCCUUUCUCAGUCUACAUUCUGUUUUAUCUUUCCCUCCCUUGCCUUCUCACAGCCUUGUCGUAGUUUCCCAUUUUUUCCUCCAUCAGUGUGUGUUAAAAGAUGAUUUUCGAAAAUAACAACAAAAAUUUUUUUAAAAAGCAGCUGCUCUCAAACUAGUUUUGAGACAUGGAGCCCAGUGGUCAAAAACACAAAAACGUGUUCACUUUGUCUUAACUGCAGCCGAUGGCAACGCUGUUCUGUGUGUGUGUGUGUGUGUGUGUGUGUCUGUGUGUGUCUGUGUGUGUGUGUGUGUGGGUGUGACUAAGUGAGGUAGUGAGGGAAGGGUCUAUCUCCUUCACUUGUUCUUUAUCUCUUCACCUCUUGGUGCCCUUUUUCUCUAAAUCUGCUUGUUCUGAGGCUGUGAAAGAUAUCUGUUUGACAGAUAGUCACAGUGAAAAAGAUCAAACGGGACAUUUACUGACAUUCAUCCACACAACUCCACGUUUAGUUCUGCGAAACUCUUUGAAACUUUGAAACUCACUGGUCAGGUGAGACCAAUCUUCCAUUUGCCAGAAUGUUAUACACACCUGCUGCAACACACACACACACACACACACACACACACACACACCUCAUCAGGUAAUCCACACCUUCUCCCAUGUCAUGAUAUUAGAUGUGUGUGUGUUGACUAAAGAAUUACACCCUGCAGGAGUAAACACACCCACACAGGGAUGUGAUGUCACAUUGUACAUAGUAGAUAUCACAGUCAUAUCAAACAUUAGCCUGCAUCCCAAAGCCAGUCUCAUUCCGUAUAUCAGCUGCUCGUAGUUAUACUCACUUUAUACGUUAGACAGUAGUGCUGUCAUGUACUCCAUUAUCGCCUCUAAUCUAUAGGGGUCUGACAUAUCAUAUCUAACACGUUUUGUUAUUAACCAUAAUAUCUAACAAAUGUUUUUUUUUUUUUUUUUUUUUUUUAACGUGUUUUUUUUACGUAUUUCAUAUCAUAAUCAGACUCUGUUUUAUAUCACAUUUGCCAUAACUGGAAACGUGUAUAAGAAGAUAGGAUAAGGAAGCUUUAGAUGUGUCAGGAAGGACACACUCUCCAUGCCUACAUUUCAGGUUAGAACACAGAGGUUAGCUUUAGAGUCAGAGCAAAACAAAGGACACCAAACGCACCCGAUAAAGCAGUCACCACAGCUCUCUCGGGGCCAUUCACCUUAGUGCUGUGUGAUACCAUGUCAUCUCCAUCUUUUUCAGCAUUCGUGUUGUUUCUCACACCAUCAACACCUGACUUAUAUGUAGCAAUCUCCAACGACUAACAGAUUCCAAAGCCAGGGACAAGACAAGACAAGAACAGAACUGGACUCCUCUGCUGCCAUGGAGUCGUGUGUUUGGGCUGUUGUGUUUUUGCAUGCGGGCUUGAGUUUCUGCCGUAGGUAGUGUUCUUUCGCCAACGCUUGUAGACGCCGCCAUCACCGCCGUCGCAGAGUGCGCUGCAUGUUCACGUAAUGUGGUCUGUGAGGUCAGUGCCGUUUUACGUGGCGAGGACUGAAAAAUAAACAAGAAACGGACUUAUGAAGAAACCUAAUAGAGAAGGAACGAGGUAUAGGGUAUUUUUCCCCCUGACUCCCAUCUUUGAAAUGCCAGUGCCACGACUUUUCUAUAGCCAGGCCGCAACAGUACACUAGCAUGCGCACGGCAUAUAUAUAUAUGUGUGUGUGUGUGUGUAUGAGCGAGUGUGUGUGAGAGAGAGACUCUAACAGUGUGUGGUUGCGUGCAUGCGUGCAUGCGUGCGUGUGUGUGUGUGUGUGUGUGUGUGUGCGAUUUUAAAGACCGGGUUAGUUACUUGCGAUCAUUGUUUACUGAUGGUAUCCAAAUAAUAUAUUGUAUGCUUGUCAUAUAUAAAUAUAACGUGCACAAUGUUUGCAUGUGCAGUUUUUCCAUGAGACGCACCCGUUCUUUGUUAAGAGUGUUUUGAAGAUUAUAGAAGUUAAUGAUGAACAUUAUUGUACAAAAUGGCCUUAAAAUUCUCACUGAACUCUUGGAAAUGUGCGAUGCCUUCAGAUAUUCUUGAAUUGUUCUCUAUUUUGUGUUGGUGGUCUACUAAAGCUUUUAAGUGUAUUUGGUCUUUGCACAGGUUCACUUAUUGGAGAAAAAAAAGUUCUGUUGUACUUUUUGAAAUUGGUUGUCAGUCUGAGAAUGCAUGACUGAUGUAUGGCUAUCCAUAUGAUGAAAAUAACUAUUUCUGUAUUAAACUGGGUUUUUGAAUAAACAUUCUUACCUAACACCA